UCAGUCGUCUCGUCCGUGUGACUUGGGCAGCUUGGAGUUGUUGUGUCUGUUCUCCGUUACCAGUUCGCUAUCGGCACGAGUCCGUGAUCCGCGCUUGUAUGAUAAUUUCGUUAUUAGUGUUGUUAAAAAACCGCUAAUAUUAUUAUUUAUUUGUACAACGAUAGUUCAAUUUUAAGCGGUCCGUUUACAACUACACCGGCACUAUGAUACGCGCUAAAAUCCGUCUGCGCCCGCAGUGUUAAUUUUUGUUUUCGGCUUUUGUAUUUGUUUUUUUUUUUUCGCGGAUUUUGUUGGUUUUGCAAUGAUGUUGUACGCGCUACCGCCGCCCCCGACGGCCGCCGGCCCGCCGUCGCCGUGGUCCACGAUAUUGUGCGACGAUGAGCGGUCGUCCGCCGUAGACGCCGGUGGCCAACAGCAGGACGGCGGCGGUGGCCGGUUGACGUACAGGCGGAACGCCAGCAACAACAGACGCGUCAAAGCUUGGCUGAACGCCGUCCAAAAGAACAAUCGUCCGCCGCCGCCCAGAAAACCGGUGGACCCCGCAGCUGCCGGAGGACCUGAGGAUUCCGGAGCCGGCAGUUCGUUGGACGAAGAUGAACCCAUCAAGACCAACCGCAGACUUAGCGAGUGUUAUUUUGCCAACAAGGGCACUACUUCGGCAGUGUUGUGCUCGCCCAAAUCGCACCACCAACAGCCCCGCCGCAAGAGACACCACCAUCAUUCGCACCACAACCGACAUCAGUCGGCGUCGGCGCCGUUAUCCAACAAGAUGUCUGCGAGCGAAGACGAGAUGCAGACCCGCGCCAAUGACAUACAGGCGCAUCUCCAGUCCAUGUUCCACAUACUCAGGUCCGACGACAGUCUCAAUAUGGCAGUCAAGCUGGAAAGCGUACAUUCCGGUCGCACCAGGUACCUGGUGGUGGUGUCCUGCGUGAACGGAAGCGGACAAGAGGAAUCCUGCCUUCUGGGCUUGGACUGCAACCAGCGAACUACCAUUGGCUUGGUGCUUAGACUCCUGGCCGACACUACCAUAACUCUAGACGGAGACGGCGGAUUCAGCGUGAGCGUAUGCAGCCGACAUCACAUAUUCAAGCCCGUUUCCGUACAAGCCAUGUGGUCGGCACUGCAGUCGCUGCACCGGGUCAGUGCUCAAGCCAGAGAGCACAACUUCUUCGAGGGCGGCCUCACCCAUGACUGGAUAACGCACUACGAACUUCAGAUAUCCUCGGACCAGUCGUGUCUAAACGAAUGGAACGCCAUGGAUUCCAUCGAGUCCCGUCGGCCACCGUCGCCGGAUUCGUUGAGGACAAAGCCCAGCGAACGAGAAGAGACGGAACGCGUGAUACGCAGCGCUCUCAAAGAGAUCAUGAUGAGCGUGGACUUGGACGAAGUGACGUCCAAGUUUAUCAGGGGUCGGCUGGAGGAAACGCUGGACAUGGACCUGGGCGAGUACAAGCCGUUCAUCGACCAAGAGAUGCUCACCGUGCUCGGCCAGAUGGACGCCGCCACUCAGAUAUUCCCUCACGUGUACUUGGGCUCCGAGUGGAACGCGUCUAAUCUCGAGGAGCUCAACAGAAACGGCGUACGACACAUACUGAACGUGACUAGAGAAAUCGACAAUUUUUUCCCUGGCAUGUUCAAAUAUCUCAAUGUUAGGGUGUACGACGACGAAAAGACUGAUCUCUUGAAACAUUGGGACAACACGUUCAAGUACAUCACAAAUGCCGAGAAAGAAGGUUCCAAGGUGUUGGUACACUGCAAGAUGGGCGUCAGCCGUUCGGCCAGCGUCGUCAUAGCGUACGCAAUGAAAGCGUACAACUGGUCGUUCCGGAAGGCGUUCGAUCACGUCCGGUCGAAGCGCACGUGCAUCAAACCCAACAAGCAUUUCAUCCUUCAGCUGGAGACUUACCAGGGCAUUUUGGCGGCCAUGAAGAACCGCGAGAAACUGCAACGGUCCAAGUCGGAAACCAACCUGGUGGCCACGUCCGGGUUGAUCACGCCGCCCAACUCGCCCAAGAAACCGUCCGACAGCCCGAGGUCGCAGAGCGAAGGCGACAAGGACGCCGCUUCGCCGGUCAGGAGGCUCGACGAGGUGGUGCAGGAACCUGCCGCUUCCGUUUCGCCGGUGCACCUGAUGCCGCCCAAGCUGGACGUCAGCGGAUACGAUCUGAUGAAGUGUGGAGGCGGCAGACCGAAAUCUUGGUCGCCCGAAAACAAUUUCGCCGCAGACAUUCUGACCAAUCCCGCUCUGCUAUCGCAGUCUUUGGAAAAGAUAAACACGGAGAAGAUCGCCGUCGAAGUAGAACCGGACGUACCUAAUAUUCCACCGGCUCCGCCACUACCGCCCCUCGAAGUGCACAAAUACAACGUCAGUGUGUUUAUGCCUUGCGGCAAUGGGUUGAGGUCUUACAGCGUAUCGCAAAACAAGAUCGUUCAGCUGCAGUCAACACCGCCUCCGCCCAGGGCUUCCUCGGUGAAACUUCGUGUCAACGAACUGGAAUCCAACAGCGGUGGUGGCCCGUCCGUAACCGUCACCGUCCCUCCUUCCUCCGCCGUCACCUCCACAUCCACUUCUAGUCCGGACCGCAAAUCCUUGGUCGAUCCCAGCCGCAACCUGGUAUUGAAUCUCACCUCUCAGUUCGAAGGCGUGGCCUCCAGCGGCAGUGCGGCCAAUUCUCCUUCCGACGACAUUCUAGUCAAGCCCCUUUCGGCCGAAUCUCCAAAGUUCAACCGGAUCACCGUGGCCAAACCGCCGCCGGCCGUCACCACAAUCGCCGCGCCGCCGGUGCUGCAGAAACGUGACGGUGACCUGUUCUCGUCCCGGCUGGACCGCGUGUUCGAGCGUGAAGAACGCAAGCAGUGCCGCGAACCGGCCGACCACGUGAACGACGUUUCCAGACAAAACUCCUGGAGCUCCUACGACAGCGCCGUCGUGCUGCGGGACGUCAUAUCCCGGCACAGUUCGUGGGGAUCGUGCGACACGCGCACCCUGCCGUCCCGGAACAGCUCUUGGGGUUCGUACGACGUGCGGCCCACCAUGCAGUACGUGAGUGAGCGGGGCGAAAGGCCGGACGCGACCAAUGUCCCGUGUUGCAUACCGAACGACGGGCCGACCAAGAGGCCGAAACAGCAGAAAGAGCAGAAGCUGUUGCCCGGCUGCUACGCGAGUUCGCCGACGUUGGGCCAAGGCUCGCCGAGACCGGUGAACCGCGCCACCUUGUCGCAACCCAACAUUUCAAGCCUGGGUGGUGGCGGCGGCGGCGGUGGCAACAAUAAGCAGCACAGCGGCCUGGUGAAGAGCCUGAAAGAGGAGUUCGAGGCAAAAGCGAUAGAUACGGUAGACGUGCCCACCGCGGCGUUGGCCAACAAAGUGGUGGCUCGCGGCAAGAGCGAAAGUGCAGAGGACGACGUGGCCGAACACGUCAAAAGUCUACCCACGUCACCCGUCAGCGAACACCCCAAGAUGGCAAUGAACCAACGGCCCAGUCCGGCGGCGUCUAUGGAAGACAUAUCCGUUCGGAAGCUAGUGGGCAAGUACGAAAAUGGCCGGGGCCGUAGCAAAACGUUUGUGCAGGACAGCGGAUGUCCGCGCGGCGGCAAGCCUCAACCGCCGGUGCCGCCCAGGAACUCCAGCCUGGACGCUGUCGUCAACCCCAAGUUCAUAAAUAAGAAACCCGUCGUCGCCGAAUGCAAUAACCCGGUGCUGAAAACGGUCGUGUUACCCAUACAGAACAGCGACAUAUGCGCGUCUGUCACCCGAGCGGCCAACAACAAACUACAACAGGGCAAAACGCAUCCGCUGACCAAAUUGUCUUUCAAACAGCUAAAGUUCAACAGUACAGUUUACAACAGCAUGUGAAAAGCAACAACAAAUCUAAUCGACUUAUUCAAAAACGUUUUUGACUUGCAAUUAUACAUGUUUUUUUUCUUUUUUUAAUUUUUUGAAAAUCGUUUGCAACUUGUUUUAUCAUUUCUCAUUUGUUUUUACACAAUACGACCGUAUAACUUAUUGAUACUUAUGUAUUUAUUUUUCCAGAUUAUCGUUAAACGGUACAUUUGUCUUUAUAUCCUAGUUUUCGCUCCACCCGCCUGUACCACCUGCCUAUUUAUUUAUUUUUUUGUUUUUUUUAUGUCCUCUAGUCUUAUGCAAACUACGCACAAAGAAAUAUAAAAGAUAAUACAUUUAUUUGUUAUCGUUUAUCGCCGCCAUUUCCAAACGGGAAUUUCAAUUUACAAUAUAUAUUGUUAUGAUUAAAAAACGUAAUUAUGUAUUUCAUAAUACGUAAAUAUAUAUGUAUUGAAUUAUAUAUUAUAAUCAUUAUAGUACUACUAUAAUUUUUGCACAAAAUAAUUUCUAAGAAAAUGGUAAUGUAGUUAUGUUUGUUGCUCUCUUUGCCUUACUUACACGCUUUUGUGCGUAUGACAUUUCUAAAACGUUUUCAAAAAGUAAAAAAAAAAAGUAUAAUGUUGUUGCUAAGCUUAGAUCUCAUUUUAUCAUGCCGAUAACAUUGAUGGAAUACCCCGACAGUCUUUGUCUUGACCCAAUGUGUAUUGGCAAACACCAUAAUCAAUUUUGUUUGUUUUUUUUUUUUUUUUAGUUCUGAUUCAUCCAUUGUGGACAUUUUUUUUCCUCUUAUGUUAUAUAAUAUAUUUAAUUAAUCGUGUAAAUAUUUUUGUAAGCUUGAUAAACUGUGUGUUUAAUAAAAUUAUUUU